AUGGGAACGUCUCAGAUCGGCGGUACUCAUUGGUUAGCAGUAUCAAACAAGCAUAAGGCGUACUUCGAUCCUCUCGGCUUACCUAGGCCACGUGUGAUACCAAAGUAUUAUUCUUAUCUAGACAUGGAUCUCACAAAUUUGGACUAUAAAGUAAUCGGUGAUUACGAUACUAACGACGGGUUCUUUGUAAAAGUGUUUGGCCAGGGAGAAGCUUUUUGGUGUCGUUUUAUAUCAUCCGAUCCGCAUCGAAAUGCAUUUAUUCUGAGGGUCUAUCAGUUGCUCUGCCGGGAGCACCCAUUCAAAUACGGAUAG